CACAUCAUAACUUUUGAGAGGUGGGAAAACGGCUCUGACUCCUCCGUCGUUCACCAGCAAGCACAGGCGACACGGAAGCGCACCGAGGGGCCCAGAUGGAGAAAUCCAAAAACUUUCGCAUCGACGCGCUUUUAGCAGUCGAUACACCCAAGGUGCAGACCUCCCCGCUGGCGCUGGUCACUUCCCUGUCCUCCUCCAUCCCGUCGUCCGGGAGCGUGGCGGCCCAGGAGAUCAACACCAGCGUCGAGUCUUUGCGCGCCGAGACACCGUCCCCACCGAGGAUGUCCUCCUGCGGGCUGAUCCCCAAACCGGGCUUCCUCAACAGUCCGCACAGCAUGGUUGGAUUACAUCCGCAGAGCACCGCAGGCAUCCCCGCACAGGCUCUCUACGGCCAUCCCAUGUAUACCUACUCCGCUGCUGCGCUCACGGGCCAACACCCUGCCUUGUCCUACUCCUAUCCACACGGCUCCCAUCACCACCACACCAGUGAUCCCAUCAAACUGACAGCCAGCACCUUCCAGCUGGACCACUGGCUCCGGGUCUCCACAGCCGGGAUGAUGCUGCCCAAAAUGUCUGACUUCAAUUCUCAGGCGCAGUCCAACUUGCUCGGCAAGUGCAGAAGACCCAGAACUGCCUUCACGAGUCAGCAGCUGUUGGAGCUGGAGCAUCAGUUCAAACUGAACAAGUAUCUGUCGAGACCGAAGCGUUUUGAGGUGGCCACGUCCCUGAUGCUGACAGAAACACAGGUCAAAAUCUGGUUCCAGAACAGACGAAUGAAAUGGAAAAGGAGUAAGAAGGCCAAAGAACAGGCCGCCCAGGAGGCCGAGAAGCAGAAGGGCAGCAAGAGCGGCCAGGAGAAAUCUGACGGACUCGAACAGUCGGAUUAUCACAGCAAGACAGACUCAAAAAACGGCAGAAUAAAAGACUUCAGGGACAGUGACGACGACGAGGGCGAGAGUUUCAUGUACAACUCGUCAGACUGCUCAUCGGACGACGAGAGGAAUCACGCCAGUGACAUAAGUCCACAGCCUUGAAGCUGGAGAAAUAAGGAUGGAGGAUGAUGAUCUCCAUUUAUAAAGACUGUGGGGGAUUCUCGCUAUAAAAUGCAGUUGCAUGUAAUCCAACCUCUAAUCAACUACAUGGAAUAAAUGAGCAUUUGUCAUUAAAAAAAAGAAAAGAAUAAAAAUUAGGUCAAAAAUAAAUGCCCAUAAUUGUCAUAAUAAACAAGCAAUAAAAAGUGGAUAUUUAGAUUUUAUAACGCACACACAUCACUCAGCAUAUAGAUAAACUGUGCAAAUACAAAAAGCUGAAAACUGGAUCAGAACCUGUACUUGUUGUGAUUCAUUCAAUAGCCCACACAGCCCAUAGUCUGCUGCCAUUCCUCUUAUUUUGGCCUUAUUUUGUUCUUUGUGGUGUUAUACUUCAGUAUAGUGUGUCAUGUCACGCUAAAAAAAAGUGUUAUGUUUAUUUUUCUAUACUGUAUUUAUAAAAUGGUCAUAACAGUGCAUGCUAAAUUAUUGUUUAGCGUCUCUCUCGGUGGAAACUGUGAAAUAAAAUGCUUUUAUAUAAAAUUCACGCAGUUGGUAUUUUGGCGCAAGUCUUUCGCCCAGUCGCUUGAUUAAUGACGCACACUUUGCAGAGUUUCGGGCCCUGAUGCGCAGAGACUUGUGUUGUUCUCCUCGCUCUGACAGGUGGGGUCAUGGGAAUUACUGUUAAUGGCGCUGUCGGAUCCGUGCAAACGUGCAGUGAGAGCAAACAGCGAGCAGGCCGGCAGACGGAGGAAACAUUUCACACCACACUAGCAAUGGGGCUCGUAUUAAUAAAGCCUUUUAAACGGCGCGUUAAGCGACAACUUGGCUGCUCAGGCACUAUCUUCAGGAGUGAAAUCAUCUCGAAAUGAUUCACAACUCCAGAAAUAUUUUAAACAUUAACAUCUACUUAUCAGUGUGAGUGUGAGUGAUUCAAAUGUCACUACACAAUUACAUUCUUGUAAAAAAAAAAAAAAAAAGUGUUGGAAAAUAUAUGUAGGAUUGGAUUCAAGAUUAGCUGAUAGGACUUCACUUAAAUUAUAACUACAAAUUCAAAAGUAAAAUUAUGAUGACCAUAGUUAAUGUAAACAUUUAGAAACUGGCCAUUAAAAAAUUCCUGCAAAUGCAUGGUUUGCAUCUCUUCCAUUCUACACAGUACAUUUAUUCAUUUAAGGUGCAUUAUCACCUGCUAUAUUUAAUCCAAUAUGAUCUUUAGAUAUUCUUUAUUUUAUAUAUUAUGAAAUUCAGCAAUGAUUCCCACUGUGACUGAGCCAUUGGGAGAAUUUAACACCAUAACUCUUUGUGUGUGCUCACCAUGCGAUAGUUAUUUUCUAGAAAACUGCACAAAACGGUCUCACUUGCUAUCUUUGUUCCCGCUGUCAUCAGCGUUAGACUAUAGCAGGGGUUGACUGAUUAUGUGCCAUUUGUAACAGGAUUACUGUGGGAUCUGCUGGUUAUCUUCAACUGUUUGCUUUAGCUUCAGCGGACUAAAUCAAAGUUCAGCCGAGGGUCAAGCCCAACCAAGAGUGCACCAGGUAAAGCCGGUGGCAGCUCUCGGGCUCACGGCUGCAGACAAUGGCCAGUGUAUGGACGGCACAGUGAGACCAUUGAUCCCACUAUCUCCACUUUUUAACUGGGGACUUUUCCUCACAAGGACCUUCCAUUUCUCACCGAAAACACCCCUAGUCCAUGUGCCUGUUUGUGGAUGGAGGGAUGCUCUAUUCUUCAUCAAAAAUCAGGGUCAUACCUGUAUAUGAAAACCCUUUUUACUUCCUGUGACUGGGGCUUACUGUGUGGUUUGUAGAGCAGCAGAGGACAUUUCCUCUGGUUGACCUUGGUGGCCCAUUCCUGACCUCAAACCGCGCUCUGAUGCAGGCCGCACCAAUGGAGCUAAUUAAUAGGAGCAAGUAUCAAAUGUAACAGAACGACUCUGCUAUGCUAACAACGCGGGAUGAUACUGGUGUCAGCGAGCAAACAGAAAAGGCCAGACUCAAGACCCGGGGUCAUUUCAUCAGGGCGUGAAAUCACUGAAUGAACAACGCCACCGUCCCUCUGUUCUGACGCCACUUUUUUAUGUCACACUCGCAAGUGGAAAUAUAUUCAAUAACAUAAAAAGAUAGAACUGUUCACUGACCAGUUGUGUUCAAGGCUGAAUAAGAUUCUAUUAUAAUGCAUUUAUUUGUGUUAGAGUGUAAAUAGAUGCAGUAAAACUCAGAAAAAUGAUUCCAGCUUUCUGAACCUUGUGAUAUUAACUCUUGCUGCACACUGCCUCCAUGAGGACAGACACAGAAAAAAACAUUAAAGAAAAACUGAGGAAAAGAAAGCGGUUUCAAAAAAUCCUUUUCUCAACAAUAAAUCAAAGCUUUUGGCUUUUGACUAAUGUUUAACUAAUUAAAUAAAUAUUUUCCAGUGCCAACAUUUCAAAUUAAUUUUGUUAAGAUAUAAUACCGUGGGAUAUUUCACCCAUGUAGAAGCACCAGCACGCUGUAUCUGGGAGUUGAAAUAUAAAAAAAUCCAAUGCAA